AAAAAUAGGAUUACAUAAUUUAUAUAUUUGAGUUUAAAUAAACACUAUAUUUUUAUAAGAAAUUACUUAAUAUUAAUGUAUAAAUUUGGUUUAUUGAAUGAUUUGAAAUAUUUUUAUAUAUAGAACAUAAUAAUGGCAAAUAUAAAAAAUGGAGGAAAUGAAUUAAAUGUUAAGAAACCAAGAAAUAAUAUAGUUUAUUCUCAGCCGGAUGACUCGGGUGUUGGAAACCAUUUACAGUCUCAACUUUAUUAUGUAUUAGAAUAUCUUAAAAAAAAUGAAGCGCCGAAAACAUCAGAGGAAAUAUCGUCAUAUCUUUCUAUUCCAUUAACAACAACUUUUAUUAAUAUAUUGCGAACAAAUGAAAGAAUUGAAUAUGAUUCUUAUAAAGAUACUUAUCAUUUUAAACCGAUCCAUAAUAUUAGAUCAGCAGCAUCCCUUGUAGCAUUUUUAAAUUCAAGCGUAACAGCAACAGGAAUUUUAGUAAAAGAUCUUAAAGAAGGAUGGUCAGGAGCAAUAGAUGAAAUCGAAAGGCUGGAAAAAGAUGGAGAGAUUCUUGUAUUAAGAACAAAAAAAGACGGGCUUUUAAAAUCAGUAUGGCCGAAUCAUUGUAAUGAUCAAGAGUCUGUUGAUGAAGAAUUUAAAGAAAUAUGGCAUUCAUUGAUAAUACCUGCUCCCUCAGAUCUCCCUCACGAGCUUGAAAAUGUUGGAUUAAAACCUACUUCUAUAGAUCCUGCUACAAUCAAAAGAAUUUCUGUAGCAACAAGUUUACAAAAACAAAAAAAAAGACGUAGCAACAGAGGAAGAAUUACAAAUACGCAUUUGAAUAGCUUAAAGGACUAUAGUGACCGAAGACUAUAAUAUUUAUUAUUAUUGUCUAUAAAUAUAUUUGUUUUUUUGAUGGAAUAAUAUACAUUAGGGCAUGGA